AUGUUCCAGUCUACUACAGACGCUCGGUCACUUGCGGAGCGUCAGUACUGGCGACAAGAUGUUUUUCAUCGUCUCCUUCAUAUUUUCGGCGCUACAUGGCUACCGAGCGCUGCUGCCGGCUUGAGUGAGUUCGAUCUCGUCUUCACAUCCACGUCCGCUGCUGACCGUCAACUCUCCCUCGAUGACCUUCCUCACAUCAAACGCCAUCGACUCCCUAGGCCCUCAACUUCACAUUCGGCGCGGUCAGCGCAUGCGGCAGUCGCUCGUUCGAUCGACGCCAACCGUGACGCAUCCGAUGCGAUUGACGGGCAAGCGCACGACUUCCCGCAGAGAAGAACGCCGUUCGGAUGCCCUUGCGCCCACCGAGCCUCCAUCAAGGACCCGCAGACGCCGAGACUACGCUGCAUGCUCGGCGCGAAUCAUGUCUCUACCAUGCAGUACGCCGAAGAGCUUGCGGCCGCGAAGCGGCGCGAGCGCAAGCUACAUACGAGCCGUCGUACUCGACGAGAGGCUGCGAGUCGACGGUUGUCUGACGAGCGCGCAGGCAGGCUCGCGCCUCCCCUCGCUCUGUUCAUCCGCGCAUACCCAGACGACGCACGGGGGAACGCUGUCGGCAGCAAGUCGACUUGCGCGAUGGUUCAGGACCUUGCCGACCGCCCCACCGCCGUUGGAGUCAGAGGGCAAAGUAGCCGCCACAAAGACGGACGCGAGAUAUCUCCCCCACGCACCCUGUCCUUGCGCUGCCGACCAAAUCUCGCAGGAGGGGAGACUAUGCCGAAAACGGGAGAUCAUGGCCAAAUGUCGCCCCGCUCAUUUCGCCACCACCGCCGCCGCCGAAAUAGAGGGCUGAGUCCUGACCCCAAGAGAGUCCCACCUCCACGAUCCACGAGCGGGCUCGGCGUCUGCCGUCUCGGUACGCGAACGGCGAGCGCGUCGACGAGAACGCCAGCUGUGUCUCCGACGCGUAGAGGGAUGCCAGACGACGUCGAGAUUGACGCCGACGACAUUCCAGUCAAUCCCGACAUUGCGCUCGAGCGACCUCGGCACGGAUCCCCUCGCACGGCUGAUGGGAGGGGAGACUAUGUCGCUGAGAGCCGGUCGAGGCGAGGCGAAGCGCCGCCACGUCGAUUGACUGAGACUACCAUGCUGUUCCCUAUGCCGUCCUCAUCGCCGCACGCCGCCUCAAGAUGGACGAGUGACGUUCGACGCAUGCGGCUAGGCCGAGUCGACGAAUUCACGGAUAUUCGUUCGCCUAACGGACUACCAAGGUAUACCUCCUCAUCGCCGCAUUCCACGCCACUCGAGGCCGCGAGCACCCCAAUACUCACGAGGGGUGAAGGGAUGCGGCGCCCCCGCUCUUCAAUCACGGCCAUCCCCCAUCACCCCACAACCCCCAUGCCUUGUCAAAUCACAAGGAGCGCACUGGAAUUGUGGAGGAUGCCCGUGUUGCCUAGAAGCGGAAGCGGCGUGGGGAAGCCCGAUUCAAACGCCAAGGCACUCCACAACACGACGGGUCCCCUGGGGAAUGGCGCGAAAGCCGGCGCCGCGCUCAAGUCGUCGGUCAAGUUCUCGAACACCUCCCCCUCCCCCCUCGUCUCGACAUUGCCGGCUGCGCCCUCGCCUGCGCGACGUCGGCGAGCUUUCGACGCCUUGAGACGGGGGGAUUCGGCGAGGUACGAGGAGGCGAGGGGGGUGUCGAAAUUGAGAUGGCCGUCGCUGUCGGGGUUCUUUGGCGCGGAUUCGAAGCGCGAAGGUGAGAGGGACUCGGGCGAGGCGUUUAGCGCGCUUGCGCGGACGAUAUGGGAGGGUAGGAGGGGCGAGGCGAGGCGAGGUGAGAAGGAGCAUGGGCAAAGGGCGCUCCCGGGCGCGCUAGGAGCGAGGCGAGCGACGGCGAGCAAAGGAGGGCGGUUGCGUGAGAUGGGGGAAUAG